CUAAGAGCGAUACUAUUAGUACUAUAUUAUUCUCUUUCUUAGUUAUGGCCUAUAUUCACGUAUGCAGGCAUGGACAGGACUUAGACAAUGCGAAGGGCAUUUUGAAUGGUCAUCGCAAUCAGCCUCUUUCUCCGCUUGGUGAAAAGCAAGCGCAGAUGACUGCAGAAAAAAUUAAACAAACUGGCAUUAAAUUUAGUGCCAUCUUCACUUCGCCGCUGCAGCGUGCCGAGCAAACAGCCAAAAUUCUGAAUGAAGUCAUCCAAGUUCAGGUGAAAGUUGAUGAUGAUCUUAUUGAGCGUGAUUUUGGUGCUCUCACAGGUAGGCCGUAUUCCGAUAUUCCAAAGCUAGCCGGGGAUAAUAUUCUUCAGGGCGACAGGGUAUUAUACUUUUUGGAGGUCGAUGGGUGUGAAUCGUUCCCGUGCUGCUACGAACGUGCAAAGCGUGUAUUGGCUGGUUUGGAUGUGAAGUACUCUGGACAACAUGUGCUUCUUGUUUGUCAUGGUGAUAUCGGCAAGAUGUUAAUUGCUGCUCGAAAGGGUAUUACAUGGCGGGAGGGUAUUCAGCUACCAUAUUUUGAAAAUACUGAGAUUAUUUCUGUUUAA